AUGAAAGAGGCAGCAGAUUUCUCUCCCUACCUCAUCAUAAACGUCGUAGUCAAUUCUUUCUCAUGUUACACAACAAUCAUGUUGAACAUUGCCUUAAUAUUCGCGCUGCGAAGGACUUCAUCACUGCCAAAGACUCUAAAAGCAUUGAUCCUUAGCUUGACUGUUUCUGAUCUUGGUAUUGGAUUAGUUGUCCAGCCUUUGUACAUUGCUCGCAUGAUUAUGCAAAUACAACAAACUGACGACCAGGAAACUUCUAAAGAUAUAGAUAGAGCUCUGCGCCCCAUAGGACGCACCCUUGGUUAUGCUUCAUUCUUCGGUGUCACAGCUAUCAGCGUGGACAGAUUCCUUGCUAUCCACCUUCACCUCAAACACCAGGAACUUCUCACCUACCAAGAAUUUGUGACUUACAAGCGUGUUGUAGCAGCAGUGAUCUUAAGCUGGCUUCUCAGUGCUUUCCUAGCCCUAACCGGUGUUUUGAGCGGUAGAUAUGUUUGUAACAUUGCAGCGGUGACUGUGGGAUUGGUUUGUCUCCUUACCAUGGGUCUAAUAUAUUUCAAGAUUUACAUAGCCGUACGUCGCCAUGCAGUUCAAGUUCAUGCACAGCCAGCCCAAGCAGUGGCACCGAACGAAGAAAACCGAUCAAAUUUUGAAAGACUGAGAAAAACAGCAGUUGGUACCUUUUACGUCUAUCUGUUGUUUUUGGCCUGCCAUUUGGCAAUCGCUAUUGAGAUCUUGGAGACACGGAGAAAUAAGGUGUGGGAACAUAUGUUAAUGUACAGUAACACGCUGCUAUAUUUGAGUUCAUCCCUCCUUCCUCUGGUUUACUGCUGGAAGUUUAGACACAUCCGAUGCGCUAUCAAGAACAUUCUGAGUGACAUAUUCGCAAGUCAGAAUCAGAUUCAAGAAGGUUAAAUUUACUAACUUGAUUCAGCCUCUGAAAAAUGACAUGACCUUUCUAGUCUGUGCACUCAUCGUUCAGGAAGUUAUAACAGUUUUCCUUUGUCAUAUUUAAACGAUAGACCCAAACUUUUGUUUGUUUCCCGAUUUAUUCGUUCUUGAUGGCCUUAUUCGUCCUUUAUUACAUAGAAAAACGCCGAACGUACUGUAACUUUUGCUAUUAGUCUUGUAUUAUAAAUUGCACUUUUAUUUGGGUGACAAAAGAUUGGCAAAAGUUAGAACUUUAAUCUAAAAACAAUAGUAUGCAGAUAACCUCGUACACCUGUAACCUAUAAAUUAGAAAUUCUUAGUUUUCUAUUAUAUGAUUAUCAUUUUUGAAUGACAUACAUGUAUAACAGUCUGACUUAAGGUAGAAUUUUCUGGCGAAUCGAUUAAUAAACCUCACGAAAAUAUUAAUUUUAAAUUAGCAAAGAAUGAUGCACGAUUUGUUAUGUAAGUAUUAGUUUUAACUAAUGCAGGAAAGAUCAUGAAGAGCGUUCAGCGUCAUCAUCCUUGGCCUUUACAUUAAACCCUAGGAUCAAAAUUAAAAUUCUCCUUUGUCGCCCCUAUUCAUUUACUAUAGAAGUAGUGAGGAGAAGUUCGAUCAUAAAAUAUCAAGCAAAUACAUUCUGUGUGAUCAUGUCCUAAAUUCUCAGCUAGGGACUACGCUGAGCCGAACAUCCUUCAAGAAAGGAGCGACUUAAAGGCGUCUGGAUAUUAGAUAAAACACUAAAUGUUGUGUUUGAUACAGCUUCUCAAUGAACAAUAAUUCUUGAAGAAAUUCAAGGCAAUAAAAGUUCGCAAAAUUUUGAGGUAAUUAAUUUUUUCCAACCUUCGUUACGGUAGUGAUUUCCUGUUUUUGUUUUCUUUUCAUGAAUUAUUAAUGAGCUUAGGAAUACUCAAUCAACCUUGUUCUUGCUCGACGGAGGAAGUCAAGUUUAAGGACUCUGGGAACGAGGUCGUUGGCCAGACCACUGCAAUAAUUCACACGUCACCCCAAGGCUCGGGGAAAUGACACAAUAGGAAUCACCUGGAAGUUCAGUCAUGAAUAAAUAUAUAUUUUUUGUUUCAUUGCCCCAAAACCGUUGGGGCAACCGUUAUUGUGUACCAUGUUAUCUGCUAAUAUCCCUAGUAAGUCCUUUUAAAAUAUACUCGUUCGAUUGAAAAGCGAUUUUACAAUCAGACUGUUUCUCCAUAAAUCGGUCGCAGAGGUUUGGAACUCAGCGUAAACAAUUACAAUACAACUGUUUGAUUGUGGCCUUUACGGCUUGCCUCACUUCUUUGAUCCUCCAACAGUACAGGAACGGGUUAAGAGAUGAGUUUAUGCAGACGAGAGUUGAAUAUACAAGAUUGGCGGCCAUGUAGAAAACCUCACUGUUGGCAAGAACGCUAUUUAACAGAAAUAUCGCAUUUAAAAUAACAAAUGGGAUAUAGCAUAUAACUAACGCCUACUGCACCAAAGCUAUGCUGGUAACGGUUUUUUUAAAGUGUGCUAUCUUCAACGCCGGAAUUCUCCCCCCGAUUGGUUGCCCGGCUUGGUGAACAUUGCAUUGCAUGAAGGUAC